UCGCCGACCACAUGCGAACCACCCUGCGGGUCGCUGUGGGCGGCACCGUCAGGGAGAUCCAUCUCUUCAUAAAGUGUUUACCACUGUGGAACAAACCGAAAGCGGAAUUCAUCGAUGAAAAGAAAUUUUUUAAACGUGAAAAAUUUAUGUUUGAUAUUUUCGAGGAAAUUCGUAAACAUGAUGAUCCAAACCCGUUUUGUCCCAAAGCGUAUCUGUACACUGACACGAUGAUCGUCAUGCCUGACUUAGCCCCAGAGGGCUACACGAUGCAGCCAUACUUGGAGACGCUCGACCUGCCGCACUUACUGAUCAGCGCAGCUGCAAUCGCUCGCUUCCACGCAGCAUUCACUAACUAUGAGACUAAAAAAAUCAUAAAAACAAAACAAGUACAAGAUUUUGCCGAGGUAUAUGGAUCACUACUAGAAGAACCGGCGUUUUGUGAUACACCUUGGAUGAGAGCGUCCGCAAAACUAUCUGCUAACUUGAUUAAAGCUUUUUCAACAAAACCCUAUCGUAACAUGCCAGAUUUGGAGUCUAAAUUUCAUAAAAUGUACAUGGUUGCAUGCGACCGUGUGGUGUACCGAAAAGACACUGUGAACGUCCUGAUCCACAAGGACCUGUGGGUCAACAACAUCAUGUUCAAGCAUGACAACGGAACUCCGACAAGUGCUAUGAUUCUGGACUACCAGCUGAUCCGUCACGUGCCGCCCGCGGUCGAUGUCAUGACAUUCAUAUACCUGACUACAUCGAGGAGCUUUAGAGCGGAAUACGAGCAGAGCAUCUGUGACCACUACUACUCAGUGUACUGCGACAACUUGGACAAGGACUCUUCAGACAGAAUAGUGGAUUUGGGCUAUGACAGAAAGAGUUUCUUGUCGUGGUGCGAGCAAGUGCGGAUGUUCGGGCUGCUGGAGGCAGCGAGCAUCCACCCGUUCAUCCUGAUGGAGCCGAAGCAGGCGAAGGUGGUGUUCGACGACCCCGACACGUACGAGCGCUACAUCAACGAGGACCGCACCGAGCCCGUGCUGGAGUACGCCGCCACCUGCCGCCAGUACCGCGAGAGGUGCCUUGAGGUCACCGAGGAGUUCCUCGAGAGGUAUAUACUGUAGUGGUAGGUACACCCUGGAGAAAGUGCGGCACGAUACAUAACGAUAAUAUUUCUUUUAAAUUAAAACCUUAAAAGCAGCUACUGGCACAGGGUGUUCACUGAAGUUGAUACUUGUAGCGCAGAUAACGGCGUCCUACCAUAUUUUCCUUGGAUUAUUUUUCAGCUUAUAUACGAUUUUCACUAGAAUCGUGGCAGCUUAAGUAGAGUCGUUAUUUUAUAGAAACUCGUCACUUAUUACCAAAACAAAUUUGAUUCGCUGUGAACAGUUUCCAAAAAAAAAUUCCACCUCAGCAUUCAGUCCCUGCAACUAACAUCCCAAAUCCAUUAAAAUAAUAAAUGAUAAUCUGGCAGUUCCUAUGAAACGAAUACUCAUCAGUAAUUAUAACAUCACUGAGUCCCACUAGAGUAUCUUCUGUCAUCAUCGUAAUCUCCUGGUUCUGAGUGGUAACGUCGCUAGCGAGGUGGUGAUGUUGCAAGUGUGGCGCCAUAUGGCCGCGUCCAUGUGUGCGCCCGGUAUGGACACACGCUGACCCGCGCCAGGGCUGCCGCGACAUGGAAUAAAUACUAUGUUAACAUUCAUUAAAAAGGAUGAGUUUCUGAAGUUACAGAGUUUGUACCAAACCGAAUUGCUCUGUACCAAAAUAUUUGCCAAAUCAACACCUAUUUGUAAGUCAGGUCGUUUAAAUGUUUGUUUAGUUGUAACCUUGCUGUUCUGUAUCACUGUGUGUCUACUUACACAAAGAUAUGAUAAUAAUAAUUCAAUAAACAUUAUUUAUUAUUAUCUAA